CGCGACCGCCCAAAACAAACUCGAGUCGAAGCCAUAAGCAGCCAGCUAGCAGUCGGGAGAGACCAGGAGGGCAGCCAUGGAAGACGUCUCCUUCAGGAAACGGCAGCUGGAGGAGAGCCUCAAGUCGCCGACGUUUCCCUCGGUCCUGCAGUCGGAGAGAAAGCUGGAGAACCUGAGAGAAAGUCUUGAGAAGAGCGACCAGCUGACGACCAACAUGAUGGGCAUCCUGGACUCCUUCACAGUGAGACUCAAGAAACUGGACGACACCAUUGUGCCUGUGUACAAGCAGACCAAGGAACUGACUCAACUGCAAGAGAAUGUGGAUAAGAGUCUGGUGCAGCUGGAUAAGGUGAUAGGGUAUCACCACGUGGCAGACGAUGUGGAGACUAAGAUACAGGUCGGACCUGGAGGAGACGUGGAGUCAUACAUCAAGGUGUUGGAGCGACUGAAAAUGGCUCUGGUCUUCUUCCACAGCAACAACCCAGCCAGCGUGGAGCUCACUCGUCUCCACGACUACUUUGACCAAGGGCUGGACACUCUCCAAAGAGAUUUCAUGAACCUCAUGAAGAAUAGUUCGCGGCCAGUGGCUCUUCCUCUCCUCAAUGAUAUUGCCGCGUGUGAGGACAUUGAAGAUCUGCCACCGUUGGAGCAUCUUCCAGCUCGCACCAUUAGUGAACUGAGGGCAACGGCUGAAUACCUCAUUUCACAGAGUGGUGGAGCAAUGGUGGGAGGAAACGUUCAAAACAAAGACAUUCUCCUGGUCUAUUCCCAGCUGAGGUCAAAUCAACUAGGUCGCUCACUCAACACUUUCAAAGAGGCCAACAGUUCGUCUCUGCUCCAACCGUCUCAGUACGAAAAUCUCAUGUUCCAUCUCCUGUUAAAAGAGGUGGUCGUAAGACCGAGUCAUCAGCUCGUAUCGGAGGGGGGCGUGGUCUCCAUUAGCAGUGAGCUCAGUGUUGGGAGUUCAGAGGAGGGGCUUGAUGGGUGUGGCUACAUCAUGGCGGCAACAACCGUCUUCUUGAGGCUGAUAGAGGGAGAGGUUCGACUGAUGCGGCAGGUCAUUCCAAAACCCCACCAGUCCAGAGUACUCCGCGACCUCACUGCUCAACCCAUCGAGUUCUUCAUGAAGGAAGUGGAGAUGCUGCAUCAACAUGUGGUGAAGAGCUUGUCAUACAACGACUUCCCAGUGGCCAUAUCAGUCUUCAGACUCGUCAGACACGUCCAGGGCCUCCUCCCCGAAUACAAGACUGCUCUAUAUGGUCUGGACGGGUCGCCGUACUCUCGUUUCGAGGAUAUUGUGAAGCAGUUUCAGAAAGUGAACCACAAGGCUCUGGAGGAUUACGUCGCUCAUAUCAAGGGGAACCCUGAGAAGCAGUCAAACCUUCCUAAAGAUGGCACAGUCCACGAGCUGACAAGUCACACCAUGUGGUUUGUUGAGCAUCUGCUAGACUACUCACGGAAUGUCGGGGAGGUCAUUUUUGGCGAAAGUUCAUUUGGAGUGGUAUCAGACGCAGACCGGAGGAAGUCGCUGGGCCACUACCUGACCCGAGUGGUGGAUGCACUGAACCUGAACAUGGAGAGCAAGGCACGUAGCUACGAGCAUCCUCAGCUGGCCAGCCUCUUUCUCCUGAACAACUAUCACUUCAUUCACAAGACCUUUACCAGGAACGAAGAGAUGCAGCGACUACUGGAGGAAGCGUACGGAGACGUAGAGCAGAACUACAUCAACAGUAUCACCACUCACCUGAGGAACUACCAGAGAUGCUUUGGGAAGGCAAUUGGUUUUCUGGGUCAUGAAGUCAGUGCUAGUGCUGGAGCUGGAGGACCUGACAAGUUGAGCAAAGCAGCCAAACAGACAAUCAAAGACAAGUACAAGGGAUUCAAUACGGAGAUAGAGGAGCUGUGCAGAGUCCAGCAGCACUGGUCCAUCCCUGACAGCCAGCUGAGAGCCAGAGUCAGGACCGAGAAUGUGGAGCUGGUGGGUCCUCUCUACGCCGAGUUUCACAGAGUUUAUUCUGAAUUUCCUUUCACCAAGAACCCGGAGAAGUACCUAAAGUUCACUCCAGAAUCGCUGGAAGAGACGCUAGAGACUUUCUUUGACGGUGGUGCAUGAUCAUUUCCCAUUAGCACGUGCACAUGAUUCAUAAAUGAUUUUUAGCCCCAUGUUGCCGUGUGUGCCGCGGUAGCUCAGUUGGGAGAGCGUCAGACUGAAGAUCUGAAGGUCCCCGGUUCAAUCCCGGGUCUCGGCAUUUUUUUUUCCUUUUUUCACUUUUUAAUUUCUCAGCAGAACACAGUUUUGAAUAGAUAUUAUGUAGCCGUAUAUUUUACAACAAUAAUGCGAGCAUUUACACUUAUACAGUGGAUAAAAUAGUGUUGGAGAUGAUGGGAGCAACACAAAAACUGACAUUUUGACACUAGUUCGGAUGAUAAUGCUGCGAAUGGUGCCUGAAGUACUUGACGUGGAACAAGACAAACAUGAAAACAAGGGAGAGAUUAGACACAGGACUCCGGUUGGGGAGCGGCUCUUCGGGCCAGACUGGGAGAUUUGAAGUGGGAGCCAAUGUUGAUGGGAAUGUGUCCAUUGCUGCGAGCAGUUGGCUGGUGUUGAUGACGGAGGUUCUGAGAAUUGAAUGAGCGUGGCGCCUCCUGCGAAUAUCUGUUGGGAGUUUGAGCCAACUCCGAACUGGUGGGGAGACUUGGAAUAGAGCGAGUCGGAGCGACGUGACCCUGCAAUUGGCUGUUGUACGAUGCCUCGUGAAGAUCCUCGUGGCUUCGCUGCUGAGUGGGGUACCCUGUCUGUGGGGUGUGGGUACCCCAUCCCCCGCUACCCCGCUCCCUUCUCAGUCGCAUGCUCUGGGGUCUAGUCCCGGCGACCCUGUCGGUCAUAGAUCUACCGGUGUUGGGAUAGACGUGGUUGUAAGGUGUGUUUGAUGCAUGGUGUAGACUGGUAGUGAGUCCACCACGAUUGGGACGGUACGGAGGGAGGCUGACGGCUGAAAACGUGUCACUGCGAGAGUCCUGAGGGUAGUAGUGAGGGUGAACUACACUCCCCGAGCCGGGACUAGCCACAGUGUCUACAUCCUGAGCCGAGGCCGGGGGAGACACCUGCAGACCCACGUUCGGAGGUGCUGAGAGGACAGAGUUGGAGGAGUCGAGUCUGGCUCUGGAUCUGCCUUCUCCUCCCCUGGCCUGGAACUCGGUGUGUCCGUCGUAGCCCUGCUGAGAGAAUUGCUUGCUCUGUCUCUGUAGCUGGCACAGCUCCUCGUGGUAGUCGUUGAGGUCUAGUUUGAAUGGAGGCAUGUGGUUGAUCCAGUGGUUGGCGCUGUUGCAAGAAGACUGCGAGGAUUCUGAGCUGCUCAGCGGGGACGAAGACAGAAGAGAUUGACGGACGUAAAACAGCAUGUAGGCCCCCGAUGUGAUUAGGUGAUCCUCGGGAAUGGGUUGGACCGUGCUGUCGUCGUAGCUGUACCAUCGCCCGUCUGUGGGGUUCCUGCAGAAUGCGGUGUAGUGUCCACGACUGAGCGUCCCCGAGUGGUUGCACACGGCAAAUAGGUCAUACAUGUUACUGAGUCGCGUGUCGUCCAGACUGGAGGGGGUGUGGUCGAGUGGGCUCGGAGGGAGAAAGUAGCGAUGGUGGGGCUUUAAUUGGAAUCGCUCGAUGUUGCUCGGGACGCUGCGGACGCUCAUCGGGCUCUCUGAUCCCACAGGAGGAGAGCAAGAUGUGCGAGGAGCGUCCGGCGAUCUGCUUCUCCGUCUCUCUCCUUCCAUGGAGGCUGAGCGAGAGUGCUGCGGAGAUUUCUUCACCGAAUCACUCUUCCCUGUCUUUCUCUCUCCUUUCUUCUCCGGUGGAGUCGUCUGCUGCUUCCUUCGAGGGAAGAGAAACCGUUUCCCUUUCCCUUUCCCCGCACUCACGCUGCGGCCGAGGGGAGACUUUUGUUGGCGGCCAUUCUCGUCUUCGAAAUGGACUGAUUUCGUCGUGCUGCGCUGGGUCUUGUAGGAGGGCGUGGCAGACGAGGGGCGGGACUGGGUGGAGCUUCGUGGGGCCAGGAAGGGAGUCAUGUCCAGUCCAGUAAUGGGGAACAUGACCAGUGUACUGAGUUUUGUUCGAAUGUAGCCAAUCUGUCGAAACCUCUUGAGGUGGAUGACCAGCACGUCAGGUAGAGUCCAGAGGGUGAUUUUCUUGGUGGCGUCCUGCUGCUGCUGUUUGCAGUGAGGACAGAACCACGAGUCCUCUCGGUUCAACGUCUCUUCUCUUGUGUAGAUAUUGAGGCUGUCAGUGAGGGAGGUUUGGAGCGGCUGUUCGUAGUACUGUCUCAGUUCCGCCACGCUCUCGUGGGGCAUCGGGUGCUGGUCUGGAACGACGCCAAACACUGCGGCCUUGGUCUCGGGCUCCCACUCACAUACCAGCUUGAUGUGGGUGGGGCCUCCGUACACCAUGCUCACAUUCAUUGCUCUGUCUACAGAGGGAGAGUAGAAGGGAUGUUCGACAUCAGUUGGGAGAACACAGCGACCUGGUAGACCAUCCACCACUCGACAUUUGAACAGAUUCCCACUGCGACACACCUGGGAGUCUGACUCCAUCCCUAAGGAACUGCGCCAUGUUCUUUAGCACCACAGACUGGAAAAGUUGGUGCGUCAAGUCCCGCCACACUCUCAGGAUCAGCGGGCGUCCAAACAUGCGACCGAAAUGAGUCUGUCCACACUUGUUGACCACCAGAAUGAGCAGCAACUCUUUGCUGCCAGAAGGGUUGGUCUGGGAGUAUGCCUCUGGGUUAUCUCCCUUGUAGGGUGGACACUCGAAUGCAUGCACCAGAUCGCUGGGGUGGGCCACUGAUAUGUGCUGGUCGUCGUAGAACGCUCUGUGGAACCCAUCUCCUGACAAGUCAGCUAGUACGAGGUGCUGCCUGUGAACUCCGCACAGCUCGGCCAGCUUGUUCCUCAACUCUCGGAUGCUCCCGUCAAUUGAUACGUUAACCCCAAACACCCUCAUGUUCCGGUGAGCGGCGCGGUAGACCACGGUGACGUAGACGGGCCUCGUCUCUCGCUGGGGAAGUGGGAGGGAGAUGGUUACGUAGGGGUCAAAGGUGCAGGAGCGGGUGGAGCAAGAGGGGCAGAUGAGAGCCGAGCGGAACUGGCCCUGGAAGAGAUUCUGAAUGAAACUGUUGUUCCUCUGGAGGUGGGAGGCCAGGACUUCAGCCGCCACCUCUUCAUCUGGUCUGCCCAAUGUGUCCUUCAGUGGUUUGUAUCUGCGAGCGGCAGCCUGGUUCAGGUCUUCGUGGAUGUUAUCCAACAACCAGAGAAAGAAUUCCUGUGCAUCGUGCUGAGCCGUGCCCUGGUACUGUUCUGUAGCCCUACCCACCAUCUCUUUGAAUCUGGAACUCACGACUGGGUUGUACUGUCCGCUCCACAGACACUUGAGCAAGAGAGCAAACUGCUCCGUGACGUUGCUGGACGUCGUCAGCUUGGAGCCGUUCUUGUUGAAGUCUCCCUUGUAGGCGUCCGUGACGAAGUACUCGGCGAGUCGGUCCGUGUUGCCCAGGCACUGGAGGACGGCGUUCAUGAAGCAGGUGUUGCCGUGGUUGUGGAGCCCGCGCAGUUGCUGUUGUUGGGGAGGGAAUACGAGGCCCGGAGGUCUCUGCAGCUGCGGGUGGUGGCGAGGACUCGGAGCUCCUCCCUGGAAGCUGUUUCUUCGCCGAGAACCGUCUCCCCCUCUCUCAUCCGCCCCCCUGCCGGCUGCGACGCUGGAGCCUCCCGCGACCGAUCUCGCCAGCCCGUUCCUCUCGUCUCUCUGGCGGUGUCUCGUGGAGGCUAUGUCCUCCUCUUUCUUCUCUUCCCCGUUCUCCUUCUGGCGGAGCCCGCCGAUAAAGACGCUCAUGAACGAGCGCAGAUGCUUCAUCUUUUUCUUCUUGGCUUUGCGGACGUGUCGUUCCAUGUUCUCGUUCUCCUCCGAGCGACUGUAGUCCUCCACGCUCAUGGCGCUACGUCUCCCGCUGUCGGUGGAGUACUGCUGCGGGCUCUCUUCCCUCUCGGUCGUCCAGGAGCGCCGGGUCCGACAUGUAGCGGUAGUGAUGAUUUCUCUCCAGACUGUUGACCUGCCUGGGCUGUUGUCUCUGUUGCUGGAGAGGAAAGCUCUGCUGCCUGAAGACCGGAGCGUGGCCUACACUGCCGGCGCGGGCCCUCGGGUACGCCGUGAUGGCGUCUGGGUCCUGGCGGUACGACAUUGCAGCGCAGCAGACACAAAUGGUCGUCGGACGUGCGCUGCUGCAGUCGGUUAUGUCGCUGGCCGGAGUGCGUAUAUAUAGUAGUAGAGUAAACAGUAGGUUACUCCAAAGCCAUACAGACAACACACACCACUUGAGAGAAAAACCACC